AUGGAUCGAUUCACUCAAUUCCCUGUCGUCAAUGACGAGGGUCAUGCUGUCCAUGUCGUGCCAUGGCAUAUCGAUGCCCAGCUCCCCGCGGAACUACUUGCCAUGUCAUGGGCUUUAUUAUUGCGCGCAUUCACGACCGAUGAAACUCCGGUCUUUCUCUUGAACGGGAACCCCGUCAAGGCAGAUUUUUCUGCGCAGACAGUGCUUCCAGCAGACCUCGCCGAGGUAGCCAGUCUCUCAGUCAAGCAUACGGCCGUUGUGCUGGGCGAUUAUCCGUCCGGACAGCCUCCGGUUCUUUUGUGGACUGUGGACCCUACGAUGCAGUCGGGGGCGCUGCAUGCGACCGGAGGCAUGGAUGCCGAUUUCCUGCAUCAGCUGGGCCAGCAGCUCAAGCAGAUCGUGCAGGAACAGGCUGUUAGUACCGGCAUGCAGCUGGUGUUACCUGCAUCCGAGGCUCCCACUCUAUCUAUUACAAAUGACGAGCCUGCCACACUUCCAGGGCCAGGGUUACUGCAUGAGCUAGCACUACGCGGCCUCAACAAUGCUAAACAUGCUAUUGAGUUUCUUACAGCGGAGGGAAACAUCCGCUGCUUGUCUUAUGAGGCCUUGGACCGGUUGUCUUCGAAGCUGGCGGGUGAUAUUGCCCGUGCUUCGACGAUUAAUGGUGCAAGCAUGGUUGUUCCAGUGCUUUUGCCCCAGUCAAUGGAGUUGUACAUUUCCUGGCUGGGUAUUCUCAAAGCUGGCGCUGCAUUUUGUCCUCUCAACACCGACGCACCACCAGACCGCAUCGAAUUCAUUCUCCAGGAUGUAGCUGCAUCCGUGGUGAUUACACAAAAUGCUCUUGCAUCGAAAAUCCCAUCGAAGGAGAACUUGUCCGUUUUAACUGUGGACAACCUUGAAUCCAACUCACCCCCAACUGAGCCCUGUCCCACUACAUGCACAUCCUCUAAUCUGGCCUAUGUGAUGUACACGUCUGGCUCAACAGGCCGCCCUAAAGGUGUUGGAGUGUCCCAUCUCGCUGCGACCCAGUCACUUCUUGCUCAUGAUGAUUUGAUACCCCCAUUCAAGCGAUUUUUGCAAUUUGCGUCUCCCACCUUUGAUGUAUCCGUGUUCGAGGUCUUUUUCCCCAUGAUGCGAGGGGCCACUUUAAUCGGCUCCGAGCGAGAGAACAUGCUUCUCGAUAUCUCUCAGGUGAUGACCCGUAUGGAAGUCGACGCUGCCGAGUUGACUCCUACAGUAGCGGGCGAGCUACUGCGCACGCGAGCUGCGGCACCCUCUCUGCGCGUGCUCCUUACUAUCGGUGAAAUGCUCACCCGGCGCGUGGUGGAUGAGUUUGGUCAGUCAGAAGGCAGAAAGGGCAUUCUUCAUGGAAUGUACGGGCCCACCGAGGCAGCCAUUCAUUGCACCGCCGCCACCCACUUUCAAGCGAAGGAUCGCGUGAACAUGAUUGGAAAACCGUUCAAAACGGUUUCUGCGUACAUCAUGUCCCUCCCAUCAGAUGACGAUCCGCCUUCCCGAGAGCUUCAUACUCUCCCACUUGGCCAGAUUGGAGAGCUUGUCGUUGGCGGUCCUCAAUUGGCAGAUGGCUACAUAAAUCGUUCCGAAGAAAAUGCCAAAGCUUUCAUUGAUAGUCCAUUGUACGGUCGAAUCUACCGCACAGGUGACAAAGCUCGUAUGCUUCCAAACGGAGACAUCGAAUGUUUCGGUCGAAUCUCCAGUGGUCAAGUGAAGUUGCGAGGUCAGCGUAUUGAACUCGGAGAGAUCGAACAUGUUAUCACCAGAACCGAUGGUGUUCGCAGUGCCGUGACUAUGGUCAUUGGCGGCAAUUUAAUUGCUUUUGUCCUAGCCACCGGCCAUGGAACGACUGAUCGUGCCAUCCGAGACGUCUGUCGCCAGCUCUUACCACGAUUCAUGAUCCCUGGAGAAUUCGUACUUGUGGAUCAAUUCCCUCAACUGCCGUCAGGAAAGAUUGACCGGAAGACGCUGGAAGCCGAUUUCGUGCGCCACCGUAGCACGGCUCAGUCUUUCGAUGAAGUGCCUUGUCGAGAUGAAAAGGAAGAAGCUAUCAUCUCAUGCGUGACUGAUAUUCUUGGUCGCAAGCUCACAUCUACAGAGAGUCUGGCAUCAGCAGGUCUUGAUUCCCUUGGUGCUAUCCGUCUUGCAUCCCAUCUUUUGGAUGCGGGGAUCCGUCUCGACGUGGCAAACCUGCUCGAAGCCGACUCCGUGGAUGGGAUCUGGCAGCUUUCCACCACCCUGGAAGCUUCCAGCUCCACCGAAGAUAUCCAGGCAGCCCUUCAAGCAAUUCUGCAAUUUGUUUCGGAUGCAGGUGCAGCAAGGGUUGAAUCCUUGGGGUUGACUUCGCAGGCUUCAGAAGUUGUUCCAUGUAGUCAUAUCCAACAGGCUAUGGUUUUGGAGACUGUGCGCAACAGCAAAGCAUACUGCAACUGGGUCGAGCUGAAAUUCGAGCCCUCGAUCAGUUCAGCCUCUGCCAAGAAUGCUUUUGUUCAACUUGCUCAGCACAAUGACAUUCUGCGCUCUGGUUUUGUGGAAAUCGGACUCAAGGAUCACUUGUAUGGUCGAUUCACUUGGUAUUCGAUUGACGAGCAUAUCAAUGAGCAAGCAGAUCUUGAUUACGAUGCGUCAUUGGGUGCGGGUCAGGAUGUAUUGAACCCGUUCCAAGUCCAGAUUAAAGAAGAGAAGAGUGGACUCCGGGUUCUUGUACAUAUCCAUCACGCGCUGUAUGAUGGAUGGUCCUGGCAAUUGAUCUUGAGCGAUCUUCGUGAUAUCUUGUCCGUGGAUGAACUUACCUCAAGGCCUCCUUACAAUAUUGUCGCAAAUUUCUUCAUCGAGCACAAGCUGGACAAGUCAGCAACUGAGUCCUCAACCUUCUGGCGCGACCAGCUACAGGGACUAUACCCAACAGACUUCCCCAACUUCCAAAGGGAGACAGACGUCCCAUUUACUACGCAGCAAGCCACUCGCACACUUGGAGUCUCCGUACCAAAACUCAACGAAGUCACUCAACAUCUCCGCAUCAGUCGACAAACAAUCUUCCAAGCCGCCUUCUGCUACAUCCUCUCCUCCUAUCUUGGCACAGAAGAUGUGACAUUUGGAACAGUCUUCUCAGGUCGUACACUCCCACUGAAAGGCAUAGAAACCGUCCUCGGACCAUGCAUCAGAACGCUACCCACACGUAUGAAUCUGGACAAGAUGCAAAACGUAACAGACCUCCUCCUAGCUAUCCAGAACAUGAACCGCAAGUCCCUUGAACAUGGCAGCUUAUCUCUGCAAGACAUCAAAAAAGCAUCUGGAAUCGAAUUAGACCGCAAUCUCUUUGAUACGGCUGUCGUAUGGCAAGAAAGCAUUUGGUCCGGUGAACAGCAGGACUCGCCAUUCCAAGAAGUCAAUGCUGCAGAGUUCUUGGAAUUUGCGCUUUUGCUAGAGUUUGAGCCUAGAGCCGAGUGUGUACUUGCCAGAGCGACUUCUCAGCAGUCAAUCUUACCAAGUGAGCAAGCUGCUCUUCUCUUGGAGCAAAUUGACUCCGUGGCUUCAAUUUUGAUCGAUAAUGUCCAACUUCCGAUUGAAAAUAUCCGUUCUCUUCUGCCUUUAUCAGCAUUGUCUGUUCAGAAUACAGCUGCAGCCGAGCAAGUCACACUUCCAAGUCUGGCUUCGGGAGUUGAAACAAUGGCCUCGACUAAUCCAAGUCGGGUAGCGCUCGAGUUGAUGCUUUCGGGGUCGAACUCUACCCCUUCGGUUAUUAAAAGCAUGACAUAUGGUGAAUUGAACUCUCACGCCAACCGUCUCGCACAUCAUUUGCAUCAUGUCGGUGUCACCCCCAACGAUUUAAUCACUGUUCUCCUGAGCAACUCGGUCGACUUUUACAUCGCCAUCCUUGCAGUCGCCAAAUCCGGUGCUGGUAUUCUCCUAAUCCCCCAUGCUACCUCACAGGCUGUUCGAUCAGCUCUCUCCACGGCAGAGUCGAAAUUGUGCAUUGUCGACUCUGAGUCUGUGCAGAGAUUUGAUUUGGAUUCUGUGUCUUGUGUUCAGCAAAUCUUUGUUUCCUCUUCCAUGUAUCCUUGCCAUUAUGACAAUCCCCCGACUGUCGAGGAAGGGUCUGAUGUGGCCUAUGUGGAGAUCACUUUCGACGGUGAUUCCAUAGAUGAUAUUGUCAUUUCUCGUCGUAACCUGGAGAGCAACAUACAGACUCUUUCGGAGGCAUACCCAAAACAUGCCGGAUCAAAGAUUCUCUCUACAUCUCCUUCUGGAUCAGGCGUCUCAAUCUUCGAGACUUUCUUUUCCUGGCACACUGGCAUGACACUGUGCUCAGUCUUCUCUGAGAAUUCUGUCGAGCAAGCCAUUCAGAGCAUGGCCGUCACACAUUUACAUAUGACACCCACGCUGGCAUCUCAUGUUGACCCGAAAUCUGUCCCCAGCGUAAAGUAUCUGCUGACUUUAGGUGAAGGACUAACUUCCAGCGUUCAUCGAAAUUGGGCCGAGAAAGAGAUCUAUCAAGCCUACAGCUCUGGUUCACUCACUCAUAUAUGUGCUAUCUAUCCCAAUGUCAAAGCAUCAACAUCUCUUCAGAACAUUGGAAAGCCACUGAGGAACACCUCUGCCAUGGUUGUGGCAGAUCAAGAAUCGUUCACUCUUCUUCCUCGCGGUGCUGUUGGAGAGCUAUGCUUUGGUGGUGAACAAGUUGGACGCUCCCUAUCGAACUCUAGCUCCUCUCGGGUCGGAAAAUUCAUUGAGCACCCUGAAUACGGGAGGCUCUAUCGAACAGGCGAUUUUGGCAGGCUACUUCCAGAUGGAACCAUACUUCUCCGAAGACGGGGAGAAGCGAACAUCCAAGCUCAGCUCAUUGAUAUCGAUGAAGUUGACCGCGCUAUUUUGUCUUUGAAACGUGUGCGCGAAUCCGUGAGCAUGAUUUUGGAUAGCUCGGUACUUGGCCAACAGCAUUUGGCAACAUUUUGGGUUCCUUCUCAGUCUGCUGGCCCUGUAAAAUGUCAAGAUCUCACAACCAACCUGUUCAAGGAGCUCGGGAUAAAACUUCCUUCCUCGAGAAUGCCUUCGCUUCUUGUUCCAAUUGACAAGAUUCCUAUCACCCUCUCCAACAAGACUGAUUACUCUGACUUGAAGCGACGAGUGGAACAGCUUAAGCCAGAGGAGCUUACAAUGUUUUCGCCGAAGUCCAUCUCUGAUGAUACUGAAACCAGUCUCACCCAGCUUGAGCAGAAAAUCUUGUUAGCUCUAUCCGCAAUCACUGGCACUGACCAAAUCAAAAUCCGCAAACACACAUCAUUCUACAAACUGGGCUUAGACUCCCUUUCCGCCGUAUCCUUCUCCCGAAAGUUGCAAGAAGCCGGCUGUGGAAGACUUGCAGUCUCCACAAUCCUCCGUCAUAGCUCUAUCGCCCAGCUUGCAGAAGUCAUCCCUCUCAUAAUCAAUGGGGAUCAGCCAGAACAGGUCGAGGCACACCAACCCACAACGGUGUUUGAGGAGACCUUCAUUCAUCAAGUAGAAGGUGAAUUCGGUGCUGCCGCUGCCUCCGUUCAGGAAAUCCACCCUUGCACACCUCUGCAAGAGGCUAUGCUUGCAGCCGAUUCUGGCGAUCAUUCGGCAUACUUCAAUCAUCUCUUUCUUCUUGUACGCACUGAUGCCGAGGCUAUGAGAGCUGCUUGGGUUCAGAUGAUGCAUCGACAUGACAUUCUUAGAACUUGUUUCACGCAGACUAAUGAUAAACGAUUCGCAUAUGCUCAGGUCGUGCUGGAUAGCCCGGCCCUACCCUGGUUCCAUAUCGAAACCUCCACUGACAAUCAAAUCGAUAAUUUGAUCAAGGAGAGCAAAUCCAAGUUCGAGGGUCUCUCUCCUGUCAACGGUCAGUUGCCCUACUCGUUGACUUUUGUCACCGAUUCUGCUGCACAGAAGACCCACCUACUCUUUUCUAUCCAUCAUGCACUCUAUGAUGGAGAGGGAAUCGCGCAAUUGUUGAACGAGGUCCAACGGUCUCUAUCAAACCAGGAAUUGCCAGUCAUCACCCCAUUCCACCGGUUCAUUGAUUAUAUGACCGCCAUGGACUAUGAGUCCUCUGAUGAAUACUGGGACCACUACUUGUUCGGUGUUUCGCCAACACUUCUACUUCCCACACCUUCCGCCGGUGUAGAUGAAUCAGCCUCUCGGCAAUAUCACGCAGUCUUGAAUGGGUCUUUCGCAUCCUUCAAACAACAAUGCAAAGACCUCUCCGUGACUCCUUUGAAUGUCUUCCAUGCAGCAUGGGCCCGACUUCUCUCCCUCUACACCGAUUCUUCGGACGUCACAUUUGGCAAUGUCUUCAGCUGUCGGACUGUACCUGUCGAUGGCGCAGACCGGAUAGUCGGGCCUUGUUUCAACACCCUCCCAAUCCGAAUCAAAUCCUCUUCCACCGCGACAAAUAGUGAUAUCAUGAAGUUGUCACAAAUGACCAACAGCAACAUUCUGCCUCACCAACUCAGUCCAUUACGACGCAUUCAGCGACGCGUCCUUGGCGGAGGCUCUCGUCUCUUUGAUACUCUUCUCAUCUUUCAGAACAGCAACACCGACCUGGAUUCCCAAAUUUGGGAACUUCUCCAGGAUGAAGGAAACAUGGGCUUCCCUUUGAUCUGCGAAAUCAUUCCUGACGAGACAGAAGAUAAGAUCCAGAUCUGUCUUCAUUUCCAGUCGUCACAUAUCUCCCAGGCUGUGGCUGAAACCAUUACGGUCCAUUUCGUGGCUCUCGUUGAACACAUGACUCAAUACCCUUCCGCUCAAGCAUCUGAUAAGAGACAACUUGGAUUGGAUAUACCCAGAGCCUUUGAGCAAAAGCAGUUUUCAACGACGAAUGCGGUGAAGUUCCUGACCAAACAUCGUCAGACUCGCCCCUGGUCAACCCAAGAAGAGGCUGUUCGUGACAUUCUUUGCAAAUUCUCUGAUGUUGACUCGGAUGAUGUGUCCCAGGAUACAACCAUCUUCCAGCUUGGCCUAGACAGUAUCAAUGCUGUUCAGAUAUCUGCCAAGUUGCGUGGGCUGGGAUGUAAGAUCUCCUCCGGUGAGAUUCUCGAGGCUGCUUCUAUCGAUCAAAUUGCUGCUCUUCUCACUUCUAGUGUGAAGAAUAUCCCAGAAGCCGAGUUCGACUUUUCGUCAUUCCAGAAGAAACAUUUGCAAUCUGUUUGUGAGCAGCUUGGGCUUUUGCCGGAAGAUAUACAGGCUCUGCGCCCUUGCACGCCGGUUCAAAAUGGUAUGCUCGCCAUGUUUACGCACUCGCAUGGUGAUGUGUACUUCAAUCGAAUGUCAUUGAGGUUCUCUACUCCCUUGGAUAAAGCCCUUCUCAAGGCAGCUUGGUUCAAGGUGAUGGCCCGCCAUGAGAUGCUUCGUACUGGCUUUGUUCAGCUACACGAUCAACAGCAUCCAUUUGCCAUGAUCACUUAUCCCGAGAAUAUUGAACUGCCCUGGCAUGAGACUUCAGCCUCCUAUGUCCAAGAAAAGCAGGUGCUGGAAAACCUCCACCGCCCCCCCUGGAGCAUCGAGGUUUCAGCCGAGAAAAGUCUUACAGUUCUACAUUUCUCUGCCCUACACGCCAUCUACGAUGCGCAAUCUCUGUCUUCUAUCUUCGCAGAUAUCAAAGCAGUAUACGAGGGCAAGACAUUGGCCGCCCCUGCUCCAGUCACCGCAACACUCGGGCCAAUCUUACUCGAAAGCAAGCGUCAGACCCAGUCCGCACAGGGCUUCUGGCAAGAUUUGGGCCCAGAAGUCCACUCCUCCAAGUUCCCUGAUCUUCAUCCCAUCCGUAGCGACAAGCACAGGCUCCUCAGCACCUCUGUCCGCUGCACGCAACCUCGAAAGGCCCUCGAAGAUGCCUGUCGGAGUAUUGGUGUGACACUUCAAGUAGCCGGCCAAGUUGCAUGGGCUAGGUUGCUUUCAGCUUACACAGGAGAGUCGAAUGUUACUUUUGGAACUGUUCUUUCGGGCAGGAAUCUGUCUACAGACGCACAAGAUGCUGUGUUCCCGUGUCUAGUCACUGUCCCAACACCUCUUUGCAUCGAGGGUCCUAACCGGGAUCUUUUGGAUCGGACUUUGAAGCGAAAUGCUUUACUGGUUAAGAAUCAAUUCGCACCCCUCUCUUAUGUUCAACGCUGGGUUGGUAGUGAGGAGCCGCUAUUUGAUACUCUAUUCGUCUACCAGAAAUUCACUUCCGAAACCACCGAGUUUGACGAAUGGGAUAUCGUCGAUGAAGCCACGAAGAUCGAUGCAAGUGGACAGAGCGCUUCUAGCAAUUACCCCGUCUCCAUUGAGUUGAUUCCGCACUCAACAGACCUCGAGAUCCAGCUGAGCUAUCGCAGUGACAUCGUGCCUCCGGAGCAAGCCACCAUCCUCCUGGGUCAGUAUGACAAAAUCUUGGAGGACAUUGUCUUCCAUCCGGAUGCCAUUUCCACCGAUCACGAAUCUGUGGGUAGCAACCUUCUAUCAGUGACACCCGCCAAGGAAGCACCCAUUUCAACCACGGUCUCUCUGUUGCACCAGUUCGUCGAAGUCAACGCGCUCAAGAUCCCCGAGAAGAUUGCUUUCGAGUUCGCGUCAGGGGAUACUGCAGAGAGCCUACAGAAGAAGUCUUGGACUUAUCGCCAAUUCAACGAAUGCGGCAACAAAAUUGCACAUUUCCUGCAGACCAAGGGAGCUGUUCCUGGUGGAAUGGUUGGCAUUUGCUUCGACAAGUCCCCUGAAGCAUCUAUGGCCAUUUUGGGUAUUCUGAAGACGGGAUGUUCGUACUUGGCUAUUGACCCCAGCGCUCCCAUCUCCCGCAAGCAGUUCAUGUUGGAGGACUCAGGAACCAAGGUUCUGCUCUGCAAUGAAUCCAAAUUAUCCGAGUUGAAGAAUCUCUCGGGUGUUGAUGUUCAGGCAUUGGAUGAACCUGGUCUACUUGAUGGCAUCUCCACUGCUGAUGUAUCACUCGCUCGGGCAAUCAGGCCAGAUGAUACCUCUUAUUGCCUGUACACAUCUGGUACAACCGGAACACCCAAAGGAUGUGAGAUUACACAUGACAAUGCCGUACAGGCAAUGCUAGCAUUCCAGCGACUGUUCGCAGGCCACUGGGAUGCAGAAUCCAGGUGGUUGCAAUUCGCAUCUUUCCAUUUCGACGUCAGUGUUUUGGAACAAUACUGGAGUUGGAGUGUUGGAAUUUGCGUCACUUCUUGUCCCCGAGACCUUUUAUUCGAGGAUCUGCCUGGCACAAUCCAAAAGCUUCAGAUCACGCACAUCGAUCUCACGCCUAGUCUGGCAAAACUUGUUCACCCAGAUGAAGUUCCUUCGCUCUGUCGGGGUGUCUUCAUUACCGGUGGUGAGGCUUUGAAGCAGGAAAUCCUCGAUGCCUGGGGCAUGCAUGGCGUUAUCUACAACGGCUACGGGCCUACGGAGGUAACAAUCGGAUGCACCAUGCUUCCCCGCAUGUCUGCAAACGACAAAGCCUCCAAUAUUGGACCGCAGUUCGAUAACGUCGGCUCAUAUGUCUUCCGUCCCGGUACAGUGAGACCAGUGCUGCGUGGUAGCAUUGGUGAACUCUGUGUCUCAGGACCGCUAGUUGGAAAGGGCUAUCUCAAUCGAGCAGAGCUCACGAAAGAGCGAUUUCAAACCCUACCCCAGUUCGGAGACCGUAUCUACCGUACCGGUGAUCUGGUCAGGAUCCUACACGAUGGAAGCUUCCAAUUUCUUGGUCGAAUCGACGACCAGGUCAAGCUUCGUGGUCAGCGUCUUGAAAUUGGGGAGAUCAACGAAGUCAUCAAACAGGCUACGCCUGAAUUGAACGAAGUCGCUACUCUUGUCAUUACGCACCCGAAGCAAGCCAAAGACCAACUUGUCUCCUUCUUCACCACUUUGUCAGCAAAUGGAGACAAGAAGCCCCGUAAUGUCAAUGUCCAGGUUCGAUCCUCCGAUGAUGACCGUAUCCUCCUCUCGAAGAUCAAGGGCUCUUGUCGUACUCACCUUCCUGGGUAUAUGGUGCCGACACAUAUCAUCCCCAUGACUCGAUUCCCCCUAUCAGCCAACAACAAGGCUGAUAUGAAAGCCCUGAAGGGUAUCUACCAGGAGCUUUCAUUGGAAGAUGUUCAGAAAUUGAGUUCCAUGGGUGUCGACCUACCGACCGACAACGCGCUCAGAAAGCAGAUUGUUUCUGUUCUUGCGGAGUUUACUGGCUCGUCUGGCACAGAGGUCUCGUCUUGGUCCAGCAUCUAUGAGAUGGGUCUGGAUUCGAUCUCUGUUAUUGCUUUCUCGAGAAUUUUGAGAGAGGCAGGGUUCUCCCAGGCUCAACCCUCUAUCAUUAUGAAGCAUCCUACUAUCGCUGGAAUGGCCUCUGCCCUUCAGACCGCUACUCCAUCUAAUGUUUCGGUUGAAACCCUUCAGCGAAAUGCCAAGCAAGAUAUCGACGCUUUCGCGCAGAAGAACUCUCAUACUGUCAUCGAACACAUCGGAGUCCUUAACGGUGAUGUCGAGAAGAUUGCGCCUUGUACACCUCUUCAAGAGGGUAUCAUCUACCGUUAUCUCUCCAGUGAUACACCAUUGUACUGCUCUUCUUUCAACUUUGAACUUGAUUCCUCUGUCAGUCUCGAAGCAUUGCGGACAGCUUGGAAUCAAACUCAGCAAGAAGUUCAAAUGUUGCGUGCUCGAUUCUCGCCAUCUCCAGAUGGCUAUGCUCAAGUCAUCUUGAAGAAAGACACGCUUCCCUGGUUCUUUGGUGCUGUUGAGACAGAGGCAGAAAUUGAGAGUCUGCGCAAACAGCGGUACAAACAAUGGACAGCCCGACUUGAUAGUCUCUCUUCCGAUUUGUGGGAAGUUGGAGUUAUCAGUUCCUCGGCUGUAUCAGUGAUGUAUCUGAACAUUUUCCAUGGCCUCUAUGAUGGAAACAGUCUGGUGCUUCUCCUUGAAUCUGUUGCUGGGAACUAUCUAAGCAAGAAAUCUCAGCCACGUCCCGAAUUCCUCGAUGUCCUGCACUUGGGCCCUCUUUGCAAAGACCCUUCCGCAAAGGAAUUUUGGAAAGAACAUUUGGCGGGUUGUCACAACCAGCCUUUGGUCGAAAACGGACAAGAUAGCACACCAAUUCUCCACAAAGCUCAGAUCAAUGCCACCGAGCAGAUCGACCAUCUUCGUCGCUCCCUCAAUGUGACCGAGCAAGCCGUCCUCCACGCUUGUUGGCUUCUGACUCUCCAGCAGCAGUACUCAUUCGUGCCGCCACUUGGCAUCAUUGCCUCAGGUCGAACUAUCGAUGUCCCAGGCAUUGAAAAUAUGAUCGGACCCCUGUUCAAUACCAUCCCAAGCAAUGUCCAACUGACUGGCUUGGAGACUUGGUCUGAUGUUGCGCGGUGCUGCCAUGAGUACCAGGUAUCUAUGAUGCCCUUCCAGUACACCGCACUCCGUGAUAUAGCCAAAUGGCUCGGGAGAAGCCCUGACGAACGACUCUUUGAUUCUCUGUUCGUUUUCCAGCGGGAGAAUGAUGACGAUGAGGCAUUGUCAAAGAGUCUUUGGUCCACUAUUGAUUCGGAGGCUCAACAUGAAUAUCCUCUUGCAUUUGAGAUUGUACGCAACGGCACGCAAUCUUUGACGGCUACCCUUGCUGCGAAAAGCAAUGUGGUAUCAUCCGACGAGGCCCAGCUGCUGCUUUCCAAGUUUGAGCAGACCAUAUUUGAAUUUGCAAAAGAUUUGAACAAGGGAGUACCCAAGAUGAGCGGUGCCUCCCAUACACAUGCUGUGACGAAUGGCGAAGUUAACGGUCACGGCGCAUCUGUCAGAGCUCCUGAACAAACCAGUGGCGCUCUGUUUGAGUGGACUUCCCAGGCAUCCACUAUUCGUGAUAUUAUUGCAACUCUUGCAGGAAUAGAGCCUGAGUCUAUUGGUGAAGAAACCUCCAUCUUUGAAGUCGGACUUGACAGCAUCGAUGCAAUCAAGCUCUCCUCGCGCCUGGGUAAAGCUGGUAUCAAACUUCCUGUCAGCUCGAUCAUGCGCCAUCGCACAGUGAAGGCCAUGAGCAAGCAGCUCUCAACGUCAAAUGGCCACCACAAGAACGGAACAUUAUCCUUGCUCGCUCAAAUGGAGAAGACUUUGACCAAGUUCCUCGAGGACGAUGGGCUUCUUCUUCCGAGCGCGAGGCGGGUUCUACCAGCUACUCCUAUCCAAGAAGCUAUGGUUGCUGAAAUUGCUGCAUCUGGAUACAAGCAUUAUUACAACCAUGAAAUCCUCCAGCUUGAGCCUGAAGUGGACAUUGAAAAAAUGGAGCAGGCGUGGAGAGCGGUUGUCAGAGCUCACCCUAUACUCCGAACCUCGUUCGUCGAAGUCUGGGAUCCAAAGAUUCCUGUAUCCUACGCUCAAAUUAUCCACGAUGAGGGUUGCUUUGAUGUUCAAACUGUUCAUUUGCAUGGUGUAUCCGUGGAAACCAUCAUAGAAACACAGCGGUCAAGGGCCCGCUGUGAACUCGCGAGCCGCCCCUUGCUUAGCAUCACCAUCGCGCUGGAAGGCGAUAAGCGAUACCUUGUUUUGUCAAUUUCACACGCUCUCUAUGAUGGCUGGUCAAUCAACCUGCUCCAUGAGGAUGUGGCCAAGUCCUACGCGGGCGAAGAGUGCAGUCGCCCAUCGUCCGAUGAAAUCCUCGAACAAAUCAUCGACUCAUCAGGUGAUCAAGCCUUCAAAUUCUGGAGAGCGACGCUGUCAGCUUUCACACCAGCGUCAUUCUUGCCGAUGAAGCAUGCCGGUAGCGACUCAGCUGUCGUCCACCGAGCAGAACAGUCAUUCUCUGUCCCGCUUUUCAGGGCAGAGUCAUUCUGUAAACUCCAUGGCAUUACUCUCCAAGCUCUUCUGGUCACUUGCUGGUCUCUAGUCCUUGCCAUUCAUGUUCAAAAGCUGGAUGUGGUCUUUGGCCUUGUACUAUCUGGUCGGAACGUGGCCGAGUCCGAGCACGUGAUGUUCCCAACGAUGAAUACCGUGGCCAUGCGUGUCAUUCUCCAUGGAACACGGUUGGGGCUGGUGAAAUAUGUACAGGAGGCUCUGCUCAUGAUGGCAGAGCAUCAACAUUUUCCACUUCGACGUGCUCGGCCGGAUACAGGGUCGAAGCAGCUGUUUGAUACGCUCUUCAUAUAUCAAAAGAGACCGGUUGAAGAAUCUCAAACUGGGUCUGCCCCGGUAUUGUACAAGUCCACUGGUGGAGAUGCGAGUGUUGAAUAUCCUGUUUGUGCUGAGAUUGAGGGGGUUGGGGAAGAGCUUGUUGGUCGUGUUGCAUGUCGGGGUGAUGUGAUGGGGGAUGAAGAUACCCUUGUCCUUUUGGGACAGAUGGCGGAUAUUUUUUCGUCGAUUAUCGAUCAGCCAGCAGAGAAGACGAUCGAGUUCAUUGGUAAGGGUGUGAGUGUUUGUGGGAUUUCAUCCUUCGAGGAUGUUCCUGCUCAAGGUGUUGAGCAUGGGACACUUCGACCAGCGUCAAGCCAAUCCAAAUGGUCGCCGGUUGAGUCAAAAGUUCGCAAUAUUCUCUCCGUUGUCUCUGGUGUACCAGAGAACUCUAUUGAGAAGACAUCGACUAUUUUCGAGCUUGGACUGGACAGUAUCAGCGCCAUCAAAGUUGCUGCGCUUCUCAUGAAACAGUCGAUUAGGCUCGCUGUCAGCGACAUGCUUAGGGCUGGUACGAUCGAAAAUAUGGCCAAAGCAGCCAACAGCAGACAAACAGAAUUCUCAAUUACGAACCUAUCGAGCAUCCUUGAUGAGUUGCUUGAUGGUAUCGAUGUGACUACCCUACUACAGUCGCAUGGCAUUGAUUCACAGCGAGUGCAGACGGUCUUCCCUGCAACUGCUGGACAGUCCUACUUCCUUUCGAUGCACGCCUUGAAUCCGGAGGUGUUCUAUCCAGAGUUCUACUAUAUGGCAUCACGUCAAUUGAGCCGGCAUGUACUUGACAGUGCCUGGGCUCGUGUCAUUGAACAAACACCGAUGCUCCGAACAGCAUUCCUGCCUGUCCACGGGCCUCAGCCUGUGCCGUACAUCCAGAUCGAGCUUGAGGCGGUGCACAUUCCUAUCAUCUGGCAUUCCACACCCAAUCAACUUGUUUCAGAACAAUCUAAGAAAGAAUUUGGGGCUGUGCCGGUUGCACUGCAUGCCUGUCAAACAACCAAGGGCACGGCGCUAACUCUGCAGAUUCACCACGCGCUGUAUGACGCAGUCAGUCUCCCACAAAUUCUGAGACGGCUUGUCGCUCAAUGCAGUCAAGAUGAGGUUAUUCAAUCGGAACCUGGUCUUGACCUCUCAGGGCUCGUGGCUUUCCAGCAUUUCCAUUCGCCGGUGCACGUUCGGCGUCAAUUCUGGCAGAAGUAUCUAGGCCAAAUCUCAACUCAAAAGGCGGCAAAGCGAGUAGAUGGUUUCGGCUCUGUGCAAAAGUACUACCGACCGGGUCUUGUGCCUAAUAUGGCGUGUGUCGAAAAGGUCGCUAAGCGCCAGGGCCUCAGCAUUCAAACCAUUUUCCUGGCCAUCUAUGCUCGAGUUCAUCAGCAGAAUUUCAGCACUGCUGAAACAGCAGACUAUGAAGGGUCUGACAGGCGUUUAACGGUUGGCCUCUACCUUGCUAAUCGGUCGCAUUCCAUCGAAGGUUUGGUGGAAUCUGUCAUUCCUACCGUCAAUAUCGUUCCACUACGAUUGGAUGACAAACUUAGCAACACAAAUGACAGCCUACUCGAAGCCGCCCGCAGAAUUCAAGAUGAAAUCAAUGAGAUCAGCCGAGUGGAAUACUCGGGCGUAUCUCUCCUGGAGAUUGCCGAAUGGACCGGCGUCCACAUUGAUACCUGCGUCAAUUUCCUGCGACUUCCAAAGAAUGAAUUGCCUAGCAACGACACAAAGUUUUCUUUGUCCGCGAUUCAACGCGAGGAGUUGUCAAGGCUGAGCGGGGCCGAAGCCACGCUUGCAACGCAGACCGAGACCCAGAUUAAUGGCAAUGGUACAGCGCCACCGGGUGCAGCCGAGAACAAGCACCCGAGCGCCCCAACGGCGGCUACCCAAGUUGUCUACCAGCCAACAAUCGACGUCGAAGCUGCAAUUCGCGAUGGUCGGCUGGACUUUGGACUGUUCGCACCCGAGUGUCGGCUGAGCUCCGAUAGUGCCGAGUGCAUGAUCGGCGCUAUGAGACGGGAGAUGGGUGCAUUGGUGACAGGCUUCGAACAGUAG